CCAACCCAAACCAUUCCAGGAUUCCAAGUUGGGCUGGAUUUUGGAAAAACAUCCGUGUUGGAUUGUGCAUGCGGUGCUGCUGCCUCCCUUUGCUGGAGGCCCACAGGGAAAGGGAUGCUCGGAGCCUUUCCAUGGUCUGAGGAUGUGUGUGGCACAGUGGCUGCUGGCUGGCUCGAGGGGUCACACCAGUCACAGAUCCCUUUGGAGAACCAGGAGCUGUGCCCGAGGCUCUGUGGCUCUGGUGCUGGUGGAUCUUGGCCCAGGGAAGAACGGAGAACCUGGCUGUCUUUGAGGACAGCCUGGGAAAACACUGCUCCAGCCCCAACUGGGUUUUGGAAGUGAUGCGAGACGCUGGGAGCGGGUGGUGCCUUGCAGGAGCCGAGGCACCCAUGUGGCGCUCAGAAAAGGAUGUGGUAGUAGGAGCAGAGGGCACGGGAAGGAAGCCAGGAGAAGCGUGCUGGAGCUGAAGCCCGGAUCUGUGCCUUCCAAAAGCAGUUCCUCUUUCCCCGGAGCACGGGACAGCCCCAGGAUGCCAAAACUCCAGCUGUGGGCAAUAAGCUCUGCCUGGCAAAUGCCUGCCGGGCAAGACCCGCGGCUCCUGGCUACGGUGACCAACGCCUACCUGGGCACUCGUGUCUACCGGGACAUCCUCCAUGUCAGCGGUGUGUACAACGGGGCAGUGGGUGACACGCACCGAGCCGACAUCCCCAGCCCCGUCAACGUGAGGAUGAUGGUGCCCGGUGCGGACAACCUGGCUGAGACCUUCACCUUGAACACCCGGACGGGAACCUUCAGCCAUGAGCUUCAGACCACUGACUGCACUGCCACCCAGCAGAUCUACGCUCACCAUUCCCUUGUCAACUUGAUGGCCUUCAGCAUCACCAUUCGGCGAUCGGCUCACACCACCCAACCCAUCACGAUCCAGCUCCAGACUCCUUUUGUGCCACAGAGCCAGGAUUUGGACCUGCACCAAGGACCAGACUUCCAGGGAGCGCACUAUGUCUACGGGCAGACGCUGGUUCCUGAGGUGGAGGGAGGACCCCGGCCCACGGUUCAUAUGCUCUGGACUCCCGUGCCACCAGCCUUGAUGUUGUGUGGGGAGGAGCAGGAACAGUCCUGGGAGUUCCUGACGGCUGUGGCCGAGAGCGAAGAGGAGGCAAAGAAGAGCUACAAUGAAGGGCUGUCCCUUAUUGCCGCGGGCUCCCUGCACGCCUCCCACGCCCACGCGUGGGCCAUGCUGUGGCGAGGCUGCUGCAUAGACCUGGAUGGAGCCCUGCCCUUGAGGCAGGCACUCUACGGAUGUCUCUACUACCUGCUGAGUGCCAUCCCACCCCAGGGGAGACCGGGCUUCCUCUUCCACGGCAUCAGCCCUGGCGGCUUGGCCAACGGCACGCGGGGCGAGGACUACUGGGGACACGUCUUCUGGGACCAGGACACCUGGAUGUUUCCAAAUAUCCUGUUGUUUUAUCCUGAAGCUGCCCGUGCCAUCCUGGAGUACCGGAUUCGUACACUGGAAGGAGCCUUACAGAACGCGAGGGAGCAAGGCUACCAGGGUGCUAAGUUCCCAUGGGAGAGUGCAGCCACUGGCAGAGAGGUUUGCCCCGAGGAGAUCUACGGAGCCCAAGAAAUCCACAUCAACGGGGACAUCUCGAUGGCCUUUGAGCAGUAUUAUUUCACCACACGGGACGAGAAACUGUUCAGGGAGGAUGGAGGCUGGAGGCUGGUGGGUGCUGUGGCUCAGUACUGGUGCAGCAGGAUGGUGUGGAGCGAGGAGGAGCAGUGCUACCACAUCAAAGGUGUCAUGCCCCCCGAUGAGUAUCAUUCCCAGGUGGAUAACUCUGUUUACACCAACACCGUGGCCCAGCGGAGCUUAAAUUUUGCAGCUGAUGUUGCUCGGGACUUCUUCAUCCCUGUGCCAGAGGAGUGGGUGGACUGUGCAGAGAAAGUCAAAGUGCCCUUUGAUGCGGAGAGGAAAUAUCACCCUGAGUAUGAUGGGUACAGCCCAGGAGACCCUGUGAAACAGGCUGACGUUGUGCUGCUUGGAUACCCCCUGAUGCACCCCAUGAGCCCUGAGGUCCGGAGAAAUGACCUGGAGAUGUAUGAACCCGUCACUGAGCAGCAUGGGCCAGCCAUGACCUGGAGCAUGUUUGCGGUGGGCUGGCUGGAGCUAAAGGAGGUGCAGAGAGCCCAGAGCCAACUGAGCAAGUGCUUCAGCAACAUCACAGAGCCCUUCAAGAUCUGGGUGGAGAACUCGGAUGGGUCAGGAGCUGUGAACUUCUUGACCGGCAUGGGUGGAUUCCUGCAAGCUGUUCUCUUUGGCUACACAGGGUUCAGGAUCACCAAGACCUGCCUCCGCUUCAACCCUGCCUUUCCCCAUGACAUCCACAAAUUGAAAAUCACCGGCGUCUCCUACUUUGGCAACAAACUGGAGUUCACCAUCACCAAAGAAGAGAUCAGGAUCAAAGUGAUGGAGUCUUCACUGAACCCUCCGGCAUCUCCCCUGGAAGCCGUGCUGGAGGAAUCAGGGCAGCGGGUUCUUCUGCAUGAAGGGCAGAGCAUCUCUCUCCCUGUGGUGGCUGGAUGGAUCCAGAGGUUGUCCACCAAGGCAGUUUAACCCUUGACUGAUCUGGGUGUUACACGGCAGACACUAAACGGAUUGAAGAGCCAAAACAAGUUGAUGUCAACAGAGAGGAAAGGUAAAAGUGGUGUGGAAGGUGGGGCUCCCACGCUGGACCAUAAACCCUGUGCCCCGUGGGACUGUGCUGUCUCUGUGGCACAGGAGAGGGAUGGUGGACUCCUAACUGGGGUGGCAGCAGCUCUCCCAGCAAAGCUGAGCAUCCCUGUCAGUGCUGGGGGACACUGAGCCCCAUUUGCAGGCCUCCAACCUCUCUCCCUUAGCAGAGGAAAGAAUUCAGCCGUGAGAAAGACUGCUUCAAACGAGUUUUCUAGACACCAAUGUCUUGUUUAUGCAUUCAACAUCCCUGUUUAUAAGGAUGCCCCCAGCUGAUAAACCCAUGUUCAGUCCA